GGUGCUUGCUAGUGUCUUACUGGCCGCUAGCUCUUGAACGCUUUGUGCUAGCCGUACACGAGCGCGCGUGGCGCCGGCAGUCCUGCUCUCGACACUCUCGACAACGCCUGUAGCGAGCUCAACGAUUUUUGGGUCGAUAGGCCAGCUGUGGCAAGGCUGAGAGCUGCACUGCAGCUUGCGCUGCUGUCAUUUGCGUCGCACGUGUCGUCGCAUUGGUGAAAAUAACGGCCCACUGGCAUCGUCUUCGAAGAAACAACGACGGCGCGGCAACUCCUCAUGCUCGCCGCGGCGCGCGCCUGGCACCGCUGCCAGGGACCGCUGCGGACGGCCGUGCGCGCGCGGGCCUCGAAGGGCGACGACCUCGACGAAUUGGCAAAGCGUCUGGGCCACCGCUGGAACAACGUCGAGCGCCUGCGAAGCGCCGUGUCGCACCCGGCGCACAGACCACCAGGUGAAGUCGACCGCUACAAGGCGAAGCGCUUUGAGAGGUUCGAGUUCUUGGGGGAUCGGGUCCUGAAUUUGGUAAUAGCGGAAUACCUGCACGAGACGUACCCGAACGAGGACGAGGCGACGGCGAACCUGCGGAUAAUGAAGUUGAUAAGGAGCGAAGCUCUACUAGCAGUCGGCCGCGGCUGGCGGCUCCCAAGCCCGCCGGGCUUCAGCGCCCCAACCGGCAGCAAUGGGAUCACGGCGGACACGGUCGAGAGCGUUGUCGCCGCAGUUUUUAGAGACGCCGGCUACGAGGCGGCCAGAGAUUUUGUGAGAAACGCGUGGGCCCCGCUGCUCGCAGAGAUGGACAGAGAGGGCCCUCCGGGCAAGGACGCCAAGACGAGGUUAGGAGAGGUCGCGAACGAGCGCGGCGUGCCUCAACCCAAAUACGAGGUCGUCGCGCGGGGCGGGAAGUCCCACCAGCCCGAGUUCACGGUGCGCGGCCACUUCGACGGCAUCAGCGAGGUGGCGACGGCGCGGGCGGCCGGCGGCCGACGGCCACGACGGCGCGCGGAGAUGCUGGCCGCGGAGAAAAUCCUUCGGCGCCUCGAGGAGCUCGACAAGGACGAGGACGUGAGGAAGGCGCUGCGAGGGCUCGGGUAAAUUUUCUAGAAUA